UCCCCGCCACGUCUCCCUUCCCCGGCCCGGGUACAGAGGCGUUGGUGCCCUGUGCUCAGCCGCCAGCGCUGGGGAGGAGGAGGAGGAGGAGGCAGCCAGCGGCCCCAUGGCAGCCUGGCUGCCCGCCGUGCGCCUGCUGCUCGUGCUGGGGACAUGGGCAAUCUGCAGCCACAGAGGAGCGGCCCUGAACCCUACAGACCCCCCCAUGCGGCUCACUGGUGGCAGCUGCCGCUGCACCGGGAAGCUGGAGGUGAACAUGAAGGGAGUCUGGAGCCCCGUGUGCCAGGGCAUUGGGAGUCAGGCCAUGGUCAGCAUCUGCCAGCGGCUGGGCUGUGGCCCCCCCACUGCCGCCAGCCCCUUUGUGGUGGACAGGAACAAGGAGCCAUGGGUGCAGGCGUUGCGGUGCACUGGGAAGGAUAGUUGCCAGUGGCAGUCGGCUAACUGCAGCAGCCACGCCACCUUCGCCUGCAGUGGUGAGCAUCAUGCCCCCCCUCCCAGCCUCCCUGUGCCCCCGCUGCCCCUACCUGUUGCCUCCCUUCUCGUUUCAGAGCCGGCGACCACCACCACCAAGCCUCCCCCUAUGCCACCAACCACCAGCCCGGAGCCUACCGGCCCCCCCAGGCUGCGGCUGGUGGACAGCAACUUCAGCUGCUCAGGCUUUGUGGAGCUCCACAUGCGGGGGCGGUGGGGGGCUGUGGCGAGCAGCCCGGGCAAUUGGAUGGUGCUGGCUGCCCGCAUCUGCAGCGCGCUUGGCUGCGGCAGCCCCAUCGAUGGCCCCGCAGCCCCGCAGACAAGCCAGCUCCUCGUGAAGUGGGAGGCAGUGGAGCCGUGCAGGAGCCCCGAGCUCCUCGACUGUUUCAACAGGACCAGGGACGGGCGCGGGAGAGCGCCCGCCUUCCUCACCUGCUCAGGUUCCCAGCCGCAGGCGGUGCGGAGGCUGGCGGGUGGCCCCACGCCCUGCGAGGGGGACAUCGAGGUGUUCCAGCAGGGCCGCUGGCAGGUGCUGUGCAACCGCCCGGCGCAGCGCAACGAGUGGGGCCGGCAGCUGUGCAGGGAGCUGCGCUGUGGCAACCUCUCCUCCAGCACUGAGGUCCGAGAGCCCCCUUCCAUGGGGGUCUUAUGUGAUGUCCGCCACCUGCACCUCUGCCCGGACAGCCCCAAGUUGCUCCGCUCCUGCUUCCGCACCCGAGUCGUGUGCCAGGACUCGAAGCCGCGUCCCGCCGGCAUAGCAGCGGGCACCGUGGCGAGCAUCUGCCUGGCCCUGCUCCUCUUCGGCAUCCUCCUGCUUAUCUGCGGCCCUCCCGCCUACAGGUGGCUGAUGAAGAAAAUCUCCAAGAAGAAGCAGCGGCAGUGGAUCGGCCCCACGGGGCUCAACCAGAACGUCUCCUUCCACCGCAACAGCACCGUCACCCUGAGGCCGCGGGCAGACGGGCAGAGGGCGCAGGGGGGGGACAACGACUACGCUCAGCCCCCCCAGAAGAGCUCCUACCUGUCGGCAUACACAGCCCUGGAAGGCGCAGCCCGAUCUUCCAACCCUCCGGACAACUCCUCUGACAGCGACUACGACCUGCAGUCUGCCCGCAGGCUGUGACCCCGAGAGGUAGGGGCGGCCCAGCUGCGGCUACUUAAAUUUUGGCAAACCACCUUGUUUCCUGCCCUUCCUCCUCGCCCUGCAGACAGAGGUGGGAUUCAGCACAUGGAGAAAGGUAAAGCAUGAGUUGAACAGAGCUGGUGGAAGAGAAGACAAAUGCCUGUGCCAGAAGCCCCCUGCGUCCCCCCACGGCGUGGCAGAGCUUGUCCUGCUCACAGGGACGUGGUCACUCGUGGGGAGACCUUGUCGCUCGCCGUGUCCCUGCCAGAGCUGGAGCUGAACCUGCCUGCACCCCUCGCUGCCUGCUGCGCUCCCCCCAGGCCGAGCAGUGCUCAGCUCUGACCCCCCACCUGGCUUUGGGGUGCCACAGCACCCCGCUAAGUGAGCGCCCUUCUGAGAAAGCUUCCUCAACCGUGCCCUCUCGCUUCGGGGCCUCCCGCCUGGGAAAGUGCGAGGCGGGGGCUUUUUAAGCUAUUUGUAUGAGUCUAAAAGGCAGCUGGGUUGCAGCAGGCUUUGCAUGUGCACCGAGAACGGAGCAGCCGCGCUCACGACAGCUCGGAGGGGGGUUGCCGGCCUCUCCACCUUGAAACUGGGAUAACCACGCUCCUCCGCCCCGCAGAGAGGGGCUCUGUCAGCGGGGCGCUGCGCUUUGCCAGCGGGACCACGCACCCCUGGUCUUCGGGCAAGGCUGCAAAGAUGUGAGCUUGGCCGUGCUUGUGUGGGACAGUGUGAGAUCUGUGCCCACGUAUAAAGCAAAGCGCAGAUGCGAGGAGCGCAGGAAGGGUAAAAAUGUUGAGAACCAAAUCUGAGAUAUUUAAUUAGCUGCGACGGUUGUAAUAAAAUCAUUUUUCUAGUAAUUACAUCUUGUUCUCUUCUUUCCACUACCCACCAGUGCUGCUCCUUAGACCAGCAACCUCCCAGCCAGUGAGGGAAAACUCAUUGCCGGCACAGGGCAAGAGAGAAACGGUGCCGAGGGGCGAGCUGGGCUGAUGCACAUCACCACAGCAAUGGGCCCCUUAGGGAAGAUGAAAGCAAGAGAGCAGGAAAGACAAAUUAGAGGAAGAUGGUCCUG